GAGAAAAGAGUAGGGAUGGAAAUGUAAAUUUGAGAUUGGCAACAGAAGAACUCUGUAAUAAGUGACAUAUAAUGAAAGUUGAUUCGUGGCUAAGACGUGGAAGCAAACGUCGUCGUAUGCGCACAACCGACUCAUCUCUUUUCUCUCCUCUUCUGUUCAUUUCGCUUGCGUAUUUGAUAUUAGUCGUUUCUGAUGAUCGCCACUAGAUACACACACACACACACUAGCAAUUCUCACCUUCUCCCUAGGGUUACCGAACCUCUCGAAACCUCCGUUCCAAUUUCUAGAACCUUCGCGAAAUGGAAUCGCUUUGUUUCCAUGACGGCAACAUCACUAACUUGAUCAACAAACGUUACCUCCACGUUCUCCAUGACUCUGCUCACGAAUUGCAAAUGCACUCCUCCUUGGUUAAAAGAAUGGCUUUAGAAAGAGAACUAGAGGGGCAUCAGGGUUGCGUGAAUGCGAUAGCUUGGAACUCAAAUGGCUCCCUUUUGAUAUCUGGGUCGGAUGAUACAAGAAUGAAUAUCUGGAGUUACUCUGGCCACAAACUUUUGCAUUCCAUUGAGACUGGUCACAGUGCCAACAUAUUCUGCACGAAGUUUGUUCCAGAAACUUCUGAUGAGCUUGUUGUUUCUGGAGCAGGAGAUGCUGAAGUUCGUCUUUUUCAUUUGUCUCAUCUAAAGGGAAGAGGUUGUGAUGACAAUACUGUGACUCCAUCAGCACUAUUUCAGUGUCAUACUAGGAGAGUCAAAAAAUUAGCUGUUGAAGUUGGGAAUCCUCAUGUAGUAUGGAGUGCUAGUGAAGAUGGGACUGUGAGGCAGCAUGAUUUGCGGGAGGGUGCAUCUUGUCCCCCGGCUGGUUCUUCUCGUCAAGAAUGCCAUAAUAUACUUCUUGACUUACGCUGUGGAGCUAAGAAAUCAUUAGCUGAUCCUCCUAAACAGUUGUUUGCUCUGAAGUCAUGUGAUAUUAGCUCUACGAGGCCUCAUUUGCUAAUUGUUGGUGGAAGUGAUGCUUUUGCUCGGCUGUAUGAUAGGAGAAUGCUACCUCCAUUAUCUUCGAGUCAGAAAAAGCUGCCGCCUCCACCUUGUGUCAGCUACUUCUGCCCAAUGCAUCUUUCUGAUCGUGGACGUUCUAACUUGCAUAUGACUCAUGUCGCAUUUAGUCCCAAUGGAGAAGAGGUUUUGCUUAGCUAUAGUGGAGAACAUGUAUACUUGAUGGAUGUGAAUCCUGCACGUGGAAGUUCUAUCUCAUAUACCUCCGGAGAUGUGUCAAACCUGAUGAAUUUUUCUCCCUUGAUCAACGGAAUCGAAUUACAAUCAUCAGUUAGUGGAAUACUUUUAAAUGGUUCUUCAUCAAAAAGAAUUCCAGCUGCCAAGCUAGAAAAAUGCAAAAGAUUGAUUCAGAUGGCAGUGAAGUCUUUGAAAGAAGAUUCCAACUUUUAUUAUGGGAUAGAAGCUUGUAAUGAAGUUUUAGACAGUUGCAGGGAUGAGAUCGGCCCGCUUCUAAUCUUCGAAUGCUUAUGCACUCGUGCAGCAAUAUUGCUGAAGAGGAAGUGGAAAAAUGAUGCACAUAUGGCUAUAAGAGACUGUCAUAGAGCUAGAAAGCUCAAUUCAUCCUCCUUUAGGCCUCUUCUUUUGAUCGCUGAUGCUCUUUCACAGUUGGGUAAGCACAAAGAAGCAUUGGAGUUUGCUAUUGGCACUCAAUCCUUGGCUCCAUCUGAUUCUGAAGUUGCAUUAAAGGUGGAAAGUAUAAAAGAACAUAUUUCUGCAGCUGAAGCAGACAAAACAAAUAAGGCAAAUGGCGGAGAAUCUAGAUCUGAUCCACGGGCAGGAAGAGUGUUAUCCCUAAGUGACAUACUUUAUCGUUCAGAUGCAAACAGUGAUGCAUCACAAGAUGGUCCCAGGUCUGAAAGAGAUGAUUCUGAUGAUGAUGAUGAGUUAGAAUUGGCUUUUGAAACAUCGAUAUCCGGUGAUGAAGGACGAGAUGUUGAUCCUAAUGUCCUCCAUGGAAGUUUGAACUUGAGAAUCCAUAGGAGAGGUGAUUCCACUGGGGAGACUGGACGGGCAAAUUGUCCUUGUGGUUCGCCAACCUCUAGUCAUCAAAAAGAGAAAACAGCUUACCAGCCUGCAGCAGUGAUAGAUAUGAAGCAAAGAUAUGUUGGUCAUUGCAAUGUAGGCACUGACAUCAAACAAGCGAGCUUUCUUGGUGAGCGAGGUGAAUAUAUUGCUAGUGGAAGUGAUGAUGGCAGAUGGUUUAUUUGGGAGAAAAGAACUGGUAGAUUGAUAAAAAUGCUGCAUGGAGAUGAGGCUGUUGUAAAUUGUGUGCAGUGCCACCCAUAUGAUUGCAUUGUGGCUACCAGUGGAAUUGAUAACACCAUUAAGAUUUGGACUCCGACUGCUUCUGUCCCUUCCCUUGUGGCCAGUGGAGCUGCAGGACCAGAAACUUCUAACGUGUUAGAUGCAAUGGAAAGCAAUCAACGCAGAUUGUGCCGGACUCGUGAAGCUGUCUUGCCUUUCGAGUUUUUGGAGCGAUUUAGGAUGCAUGAGUUUACAGAAGGCAGUUUACAUCCAUUUGAAUGCACACAAAGCUGAGAAUGUUAACCCGAUUCUCUUAAAUACUGAUGCCUGGAUAUGAAGUUUAUGUGUUGGACAAGCUGGCUUGGGAAGAGAGAAAAGAGUGUAAUGUAUAGUUAACGAAGUCGAUUGAAAAUUUUGGAUCCCAAACCAGCUGAAAAUUUAUCAAGUUGUAAUUUGUAUUUUAGUUUUACUGUAUCAUAUCCUAAUUCUUCUCAACUGUCCCCUCCUCUUGCGAGGUUUCUGUAAAUAUAUAUACCCCAUCUCUUAUGUUGCAUAAUAAUAAACUCAACAGGUUCAUCC